UCUGUUUUUCUGAUGACGUUUAGGAUGACGUUGAAAUCAGUAUGGCAGCUUCCAUCGUCGGAGACCUCCGUGGUCGGAGAACUCAUGCUUGUCGUUUGUUGCGUUGGAGUGUGUUCUAGAACGUUCGUUUUGUUUUGUGCCAUUGUUUCGGCGAUCGGCCAGAAGCCUCUUCCUCGAGUUUUCCACUGAUCAAAGUGGUUAGUUAGGCCAGUUAAUUACUACCGAAGGAUGGAGUCCACGGUGGAGCUGUUCGCCUCGGACCCGGACUUCUGCAAGCGGUGCGGUGCCGUGCUACCGCUACCAGGCUACGAGGACUUCGUCGUGUGCAAGUUGUGCGGCGCCAACAUCGACGUGCGCAACUUCCACGGCCUCGAGACGAACUCGCGGGUGGUGUUCAACGACCGCAAGACAGCCCUGAAGAAAGCGGCGCCGGAGUCGACCGCCAAGCCCGCCGGGCCGCUGGUGGACCGCAAGUGCUCGCGCUGCGGCCACGAGGGGAUGACGUACGCCACGCUGCAGACGAGGUCCGCCGACGAAGGGCAGACGAUAUUCUACUCGUGCCCCGAGUGCCUCUUCCAGGAGACUGAGAACUCGUGACUGCCCACGUUCGAUGUUGCCGACUGGCCGAUUGUAUGCCCAUUCGUCUUGAGAAGAGUACAUCAGUGUCAGUCUUGGCGCACGAUAUCGGCACAUAUACAUCUUACGCAAGUGCAGGGAAUGAUGUGAACACAUUUGUGCACGAAGCGUACAUGAACCUCCUGAACUACUUCAGGAAGUCCUGGCGAAUCGAACAGACCUUGACAGAAAAGUGCGGUAGACCAAAAGGAGGCAAGCUGCUGAUAUCUGGUCGUAUAGGUCAGCUUCUACUGUACACAAUGCCAAGGGUUCUGCAUCAGCCAAGUUGAGUGCAGUGUGAAAAACCCGUGUUGAUGUUCUCGGUCGCGAGUUUUUAGGUUGUUCAAGUACGAGGUGCGCGCUGUGGUUUUCGUUUGAACCGGAGAGCCAUGGUGCGGAUGUUUUUGUUGACACUGUCCGCAAACAAUUUUAAGGAUUUUAUACUGUAUUACCAUGGUGUGUGCUACUAUUUAGCAAGUAGCUUGUCAAAAGUGCCCAAGCAGAUGCAGACUGGUUUAUGUAAGUUCGUGAAGUUAUUAAAAUGUGUUCAGUAAUUGCAAAA